AUGAAAACCAAAAAAUUGCUACUACUCCUUCUGGCCGCCAUAUGCCUCCAGGAAGUGCUAAGCCAGACAAUCCCACGUAAAGCACGAACAACAACUCGAAACAGGUCAUGUCGAGCGGCAUUGAAAACUACUACUCAUUCGCGUCAAUCCGGAAAAUUGAUAAACGCAAAUCAGCGAACGACUGCACCAAUAAGAACUGGUGCUAAAACGACGAAAACAACAUUAAAAACUACUCAGUCGCGUCAAUCGAACAAAUUGGUUAAGGCAACUCAGCGAACGACUGCAGCACCACUAAGAAUCACAGCAAAAACGACGAGGGCCUCGACGACACGGCGACCCUCGCAUCGGAUUUCCACUACUAAGCAUCAAAAUGCGGCGAUAAAAAUAAGGACUACCACGAAGCAAUUUAGUUUCUUCCCAGGAGUAUCUGUGUUAUCGAGUGUUGACAAAGUACAGCCCUACAUAGGUUACUUUAACUUACUGUACUUCGACACCAAUUCGACCAAUAACGGAACCGUGCAGGAGUCACCUGUAAACAACAGUACCCUUGCAUCCGAAGAACCUUCGACGACGGCGAUGAACGUAACGACAGAACCUUGGACGGUGAUGGACACAACGGCAGAGGAAAUUGAGACCGCUACGAACGGCAGCACUGUCACUAGGAAGAAACUGAAACGCCGUAUAACCACGGUUAUACCGAAUACGACCAGGGUUCUGCUGAAGCGCCGAAAGACUACGGUCGCCGAUUACUCGGAUGACGAGAGGUAG